UCGGGCGCACUUGGACAGGGCGCUUGACCAGGUUAUGGAAGGAGGUGAGUGAAUAGCUUGGGCUUGCACAGUUCCUUUGCUUAUGAGAGUCUGAAUGGCAGCACCAAUGCAUCAGUCUCAGACUCCCCUAGUACCUCCCCAACUUGCAGAGCCCACACGGCAUCUGCCAAAGGAGAGCCCCAAGUCCAAGCAUGCUAAGUCCAAAGUGCGGGUGAAUGCCGUGGCUGUCAUACCCGUGAAGCAGGAGCCUCAACAAACGGUGGUGCUACAGGCUCCAGCAAUGGCGCGUGCAUGUCAUCCACCGGCGGACACUGAUCAGACACACCCUAGCAAGGCUACGUUGCCGCACUGUGAUGUGAAACCAAAGCCACAGCUCCCACCAAAGUCACGGCAGCCACAGCAGCAGCAGCGGCAGCAGCAGCAGCAGCAAGGGCAAACACCUGACCUGGCACUGUCAGAGGCACAGAAUGAAGCGCGAGCAGGGGCACAGCCACACUUGCACCCACAUGUGCAAUUGAAGUCAGGGCCUCCCCCUGUCCUGAAGCAGGAGCCAGAGCAGGAGCCGAAGAAACGAUCACAAGGUGGGGCACAUUUGCCUGUUGGCUCGUCAACUCCUUGGCAGCCGCGUAUGCAAGUACGAGGGUACCCAGCGUCAUCAUCAACCGCGCAUCGACAUUCAGCAAGUCAGGCACAGCAACAACAGCAACAGCCUGCCCAAGCACUACCUGUGACCGGACCAAAUCCUGGCGUGCAGAACACAGCAAGUCAACCUGGGUCCCAACCUGCAUCUCAAUCUGGGUCCCAAUCUGGUUCCCAACUGGUGUCCCAGCCUGCUGCGUCCCAACCUGCUGGGUCUCAACCUGGUGGGUUGCAGGCUACUGGGUCCCCGUUCAGAUCUCAACCUGGGUCCCAAUCUGGGUCCCAAUCUGGGUCCCAAUCUGCAUCCCAACCUGGAUCCCAAGCUGGGGCCCAAACUACUGAAGCGGGGUCCCAAUCACCAAGUGGGCAGAUGAGAUUAGUGAACAACUCUACACCAGGCAACGCUGCUGCUGCUGCUGCUGCUGCUGCGGAAACACCACCAGAGCGUGACGGACAGAAGAUCUCAUGCGAUGACAUCCAGCUGGUUCAGAAUCUGAUCGAACGUUGUCUGCAGCUUUAUCUGAAUCAGCGUGAGGUGAUCACUUCGCUCCAGUAUCAUGCGAAGAUAGGGCCCGAUUUCACAAGUCUGGUGUGGCAGAAGCUAGAAGAGCAGAAUCCGGAGUUCUUCAAAGCCUACUAUGUCCGUCUCAAACUUAAGGAACAGAUUCACGCUUUCAACAACCUGUUGGCAUGCCAGGUACAUAAGAUGGAGCAGAUGCAACUGUCGUACAAGCAAGCAAUGCCUCAAGGCAAUGCACUUGCUCCAGCAACUGGGAUCCCAACGAAUGGAGUCCGGGCGCAUGGGCCGAUUGCCCCUAUAGGAUAUCCAGCGCCCCCAAUGCAAACAGGGAUUGGCACGCCACAUCGACUGCUGCCAAUGGCUCCGGCGACAGGGCAGCCUGUUGUGAACGGGACACCUGUGCCGGGUGCCUAUGUAGGACCUGCACAAGCAUCCCCAGCUGGUAAUCGCAUGAUGGACAUGAUGAUCGGGUUGACGCCACCGAUGGGAGCAGCAGCAACGGGUAUUCCUGCUGUGAGCAGCGACAUAACGCUCGGGAACAUGGGCCCGGCGCCAGCGCCUCCCAUGUCGAUGCCCACUGUGCAGGGAUUUCCCUUUGGGAACAUCCCUGCUCCAGGGUCAGACAUGGUGGGGAUCGGACUCGGUACUGCAUUGCCCUUGGAACAUGCAUACGAGGCCUCUCUUACAGCAUCGGACACGAGUACACCAAGCGCAAUGAAUAGCCUCUCGUUGACGAUGCCAGAACCCGAGUCCCAGAAGGAAUCCCUGAGUUCGCUGGGCGCAUUGCCACGGAACUUCAGUCUGUCAGAUCUGGCAGGAGAGCUGAACAACAACAUGGGAUUAGAUGGGGGUCUUCUAGCGAGUCUGUCAGAUUCCUCGCCUCUUCUGACGCCAGAUCCCGAAGACUUCUUGCAAUCGCCAGACAAAGACGAUCUCGACGAUGACCAGUUGCUCAACUUUGACUGAUUUUUCAAAACGGAAAUACAGAUCUGUUGCGUUUUCAGUGCCUAUGGGUACUUUGCGUUGAGGGUGGGUGCUGAGACAAGAGAUUAAUUAGCUCAGUUGUAUGAAGGAGGACUUGUGAUGAUUUUGGAAUCGGAGAAUCAAUGGAUCUCCUCGGGGACGUGGUGUUUCUCUUAAUGCUGCCAUUACUUUGUUGGUCAAGACUGUUCGUGCUGGCGAUGGAGUGCUUUGUAUUUAAACAUGUAGAAGUGCUUGUCAUGCAGUGCUUCGUAUUUGUGAACAUUUAGAAGGGCAGAGAGAAAAAAGUAUCAUUGCAACUUUUGAAAGGAGUUGAAGUAUGUUUCGUAUUUUUGGAGAGAGUCGAGUUAGGAGCAGUUGUUGACUUGUUGUUGAUUCUGUACAGUUGUGAUUUUCUCUGACAUUUUGUGUUGCUCGUGCGCUCGUAUGCGUAUGCUAGAUAGAAAGAGAGCGGGGGGAAAGUGUUUGUGUGUGUGAACUCACGGCAGAGAGAGAGAGAGAGAGAGAGAGAGAGAGAGAGAGAGAGAGAGAGAGAGAGAGAGAGAGAGAGAGAGAGAGGAUCCGAGCCUUGGAGAUAUGGCUGGGUCAAAGGAGCAGAUGGGGGAGAAGAAGGAAAUCAUGAGAGGAGGUUUGAGCUGCCUGGGGCAACCUUAGCGGGUGGGGAGGCGAUGGCAGGGUCGGGGGGGGGCAAGGGGAAGAGGAUACUUGGUGUGUGACAUCAGGGGUCUGUUGUGCUAAUGUACAGUCAACACAUGGUCACUGUGGGGCAGUAGAUAGCCCCGAAGCAAAGGCCAGAACCUCACACGGGCUUGGCAGGGUUCUGAAACUCGCGCGGAUCCUUUAUGUGUGGUCACUGCCUGGCAGUCGAUUGCCCCGAACCAAACGCCGGAACAGCAUAAGGGAAGAGAGGCACCAAGCAGGAGGGCUUGGGAAGUAUUGGAAGCUCGUUUGACACACUGGUGUUAUAGGUCUGGGUAUCUCAGAACGUUCACACCUCAGCCAUUGCGGCAGGAUCUACGUUGACUUUGACAGCUACUUUAUCAGUUUGCAUCCAGUUAAGGGAUCGCCCCAUCACAACCCAUGUUUUUGGUUCUAUACGCAGUGAAAAUUCUGCUCAGGUCUUGUGUUGGUAUCUUCAUUGUCCAGUUAAGGGAUGGCCCCAUUAUAUUCUCUCCGAGGUCUAUGAUAGACACUAUGUGAUAGUUUCUACUGUUCCCAAUACCGCUUGUAGUGCCGGUUAGAGAACUUAGAGAUGAAAGCGGGUUCUCAUCCAAAUAGUGUCAUUGUAAUUCUAGAAGCGUAGAUAUUUGGGGUUGUUGUCAGGCGGACAGGCUUGGGACGGGUUUGGGACUGAGUUGCCCCCUUGGCAAGGAAAACACUGGGAUGCAAUAGAGGGCAAGAAGGACAAGAAAGCGGAUAAGCUGGUGGGGUUGGCAGCGUUGCCAAGAGUAAGGUCGAUGGUUCAAAUCCCUUUUUCUGCUUCUCAGCUUUGAGAAGGACCAGAAAGUGGGCAAGGCAGUGUGGUCAAGUUGGGCCCUGCAGGGUCGAAAAGUAGGUUUGAGGUGGUGAGGUGAGAUUCGGGUCGCAAGUUAGGGAAGGAGGAUUGGGAGAACAUGGAGGACACGGAUGUGGAUAAUGUAGUAUUAUGCCUGUAAAGUGGAUGGAUGUGGCGAGGGUAAGAUUCUGAUGUCAGAAAGGUGGGAAAGAGAGAGUGAGAAAUGGACAAGGUCAUGACGGGGAUGGAAUUGGGAUCUCGAUCGAAGUGGGUGGGAGAAGGACCAGAAGGUGGAUAAAGUGGUGCUUAUCUGGAACUGCAAAGUGGGCAAGGACCACAAAGUGGACAAGGUGAAUUGUGGACAAGGUUGGAAGUGUGAAAUGUGCAAGGAGGACCACUUGGUGGAUAAGCCGGUGUGGAUAACGUCGAACUGUGCAAGACAAUGGAUGGUCAUGGGGAAGCACCUGGCAUGAGUUUCGAAAGG